AUGACUGCUCCUUGCAUCCAAAAAGACAUCAUACAUGCUUGUGCAAAAGAAACAACGAAAGUCAUGCUUGAUGAAAUUGGUCAUGAUUUUUUUGCUAUCCUUGCUGAUGAGUCCGCAGAUAUAUCUGAUAAAGAACAAAUGGCUCUUUGUUUGCGAUACAUUGAUAGAAAUGAGGCAAUUGAAUCGUUGCUUAUCGAGCAUUCUCUUAGUCUUUCUAGAGUUCGGGGCAAGGAUAUGAUGGUGCUAGUAACAUGCGAGGUGAAUAGCUGUUGGCUUUUUCUUGAUGUGCUUCCAUUGUUGUUGAAUUUUGUUGGUGGUUCACCUAAACGAAAAGAAUUUCUUCGACAAAAUCAAAGAACACGUGUUGUAGAAGCUUUAUCCUCGGGUGAAAUAGAAUCUGGAACUGGUUUGAAUCAAGAGAAAUCUUUAAGUAGGCCUGGUGACACUCGUUGGGGAUCUCAUUUUAAAACAAUUGUGAAUGUCCUUGAUUUAUAUCGUCCAAUCCUUGAGUCACUUGAUGCUAUUGCUGAAUCUUCCAUUGAAAAGGCCGACAAUUGCAAUCAUUAA